AGACCGAGUUAUACUUUUCCUUCACAGCUUCACACCAGAUACUAAAAAAUGGCAGGAGUAGUAGUCCUGAUCUCCUCAACCAUUGUUCGACCCGUAAACACCAUCCCAUCGGGUCAAACUAAGAUCCAUCUUACUCCAUUUGAUCUCACUAAUCUUCAUAUCGACUAUCCUCAAAGAGGUCUUCUCUUUCCCAAACCCAAUCCUGACUUCCACCUCAUCUCUCGACUAAAGGCUUCUCUCUCUCUAGCCUUGGAGAUAUAUUUCCCUUUCGCGGGUCGUCUUGCAAAAGUUGAGAAUCUUGAGGACAACACGGUGUCGUUUUUCGUAGACUGCGAUGGCUCUGGAGCUAGGUUUCACCACGCCGAAGCUAAAACUAUCUCCGUGAGUGACCUUCUUCAACCUGAUGGUUCUGUUCCUGAUAUCAUGAAGCAGUUCUUUCCCGCUGACGAUUUCAAGAACUGUGAUGGAGUUACAGAGCCCUUGCUUGUCAUACAAGUCACCGAGAUGAAAGACGGCUUCUUUGUCGGAUACUGUUACAACCACUUGGUGGCAGACGGUGUUUCCAUGUGGGGUUUCAUCAACACUUGGUCCAAGAUUUGCUCGAGUGGUUCAAGCUCAGGACAUAAGCCUCUUGUUCUCAAAAGAUGGUUCCUCGAGGGGAUCGAUUACCCUAUCCAUAUCCCUGUUUCAGAGGCAGAGAGGGCACCACCAAGCCGUGAGCUUUCUUCCGUGCCAGUUACUAAAGAUAGGGUUUUUCACUUCACAAAGAAGAAUAUUUCAGAUCUCAAAUCUAAAGCCAACAGCGAGGUUGGCUCAAGUGACAUAACCAUCUCUUCUCUUCAAGCGGUUACGGCUCAUAUGUGGCGAUCAAUCAUCAGAUACAGUGGUCUAAGCGGAGAAGGAGAGACGCAUUGCAAAGUAGUAGUGGACGUGAGGAGGAGGGUAGACCCUCCGCUUGAGAAAGAUUGUUUUGGUAAUAUGAUCUAUAUUCAACCAGCCAUAGCCACCGUGGAAGAGCUGCUUGAUCGUGGCUUGGGUUGGGGUGCCUUGCAAAUAAAUAAAUUAGUGAACUCGCAAACGAGUGAAAACUGUAAAAAGUUUGCAGAGGAUUGGGUUAGAAAUGUAAAGAACCUAAAAACAGGUGUUGGGAGUAGAAUGGUUGGUGAUUCUGUACUUGUCGGAAGCUCUCCCCGGUUCGAGGUGUACAUCAACGAUUUCGGUUGGGGUAAACCGAUUGCAGUUCGAGCUGGACCGGGCAAUAAUAUCAAUGGCAAACUUGUACUUUUUCCGGGAAUCGAUGAAGGAAGUAUUGAUGUUCAAACAACACUAUGGUCUGAUGUUCUAGUGAAUCUACUAGCCGAUGUUGAAUUCUUAGAGCAUGUGACUACUAUGGUCUGAUAGCGAAUCUUUUAUGCGACCCUACAGUCUGAUGUAUGAUUGGUUUCGUGAAGAAAUAAAAAAGUUGAAUUCGACA